UGAAAGUUAGAGAAGCAUUUUAAAACUCAAAGCGUGGUUUGCCUUCAGCUUUUGCUUUUAAAACUGCUUAUUAACAGAUAUGGCAGCUGCCAGCGGUCUGCUGUCAGAGGACAAGUUCCUGUGUCCCGUCUGCCUGGAUGUCUUCACUGAGCCAGUCUCAACGCCAUGUGGACACAACUUCUGCAGCGAGUGUAUCCAGAAGUACUGGGACAGCAGUGAUAUUUGCCAGUGUCCACUAUGCAAAAAGAGGUUUUCUACCCGACCUGAUCUCCAAGUCAACACUGUCCUGUCUGAGUUAGCUGCUGAGUUUAAGAUGCUAGUUCAAGUCAAAGCCUCAAGUCCAGACCCACAACUUCCUGAAACAGCCGACGUUCUUUGUGAUAUCUGCUCUGAGGUGAAGGAGAAGGCUGUUCAGUCUUGCCUGAUGUGCCUCGCGUCUUUCUGUGAAGUGCACCUCGAGCCACAUCAGAGAGUUGCUGGUUUCAAGAGCCACAUAUUGUUCGACCCCGUGAAGAAUCUAGAUGACAGGAUGUGCAAGACGCACAACAAGAUAACAGAACUAUACUGCAGGACUGAUCAGGACUGCAUUUGUGUCUUGUGUUUUAAAACCAAUCACAAGGGUCACGAUGUUGUUCCACUUGAGGAAGAAUAUGAAGAAUUGAUGGCAAUAAAAGAUGCGGCAAUGGCAAAUAUCCAAAGUAUGAUACAAUGCCAGUCUGAGAAGAUAGCUGAAAUUGAAAAGUCAGUUGAUGAAGCCAGGAUGGCGAAAGCAGCCAGCGUGCAGGUCUUCAAAGACUUGAUCCGCUCCAUUCAGAGAAGCCAGGCCGAGCUUGUUGAGGCGAUUGAGGAGAGGUACAGAACGAUAAAGCAAACAGCUGAAGGUUUUCUCACAGAUCUGAAGAUGGAGGUCGCUGAGCUUAAAGGCAGAAGCAGCCAGCUGGAGCAGCUGUCACAGUCCGUGGAUCACCAUCAUUUUCUCCAGAGCUUCCCAACCUUAUGCUUUCCUGUAAACAAGGACUGGACCGACAUCGGCGUUCACAGCGGUCUGUCUUUUGAAGCAGUGAGAGAUGCUAUGACUCAGCUGAAAUAGAGAGUUGAUGAGGCGAU